CUUCUUGUGGCUGGGAGAAACAUUUCCCAACGUCACUUUUGGAGAGGGUUUUCCUAACGAAGCAGAACUCCCAGCGCUGUCCCAUCCCCGCGUAGCUCGGCGAUAUUGCGCAGAGGAUCUCCGGCUCCUGCCUCUCCUGCUCCCACCCCUCGCCCUCCUAUGGCAAUCCAUGUGCCCAGGGGUGGGGGGAGACCAACCCUCCUUUUAUAAGCCUGGCCAGGCUGACAGGAGUGACAGCAGCUUUGGCUUGCUCUGAGACACCCACCUGCCAAACCUUGGGGUCCCUGGGAUGACCAAAGGAGGAAUGGAGUCAGUGGAAGUGUUCACAACUGAAGGCAAAGGCAGGGGUUUGAAAGCCCAGAAGGAGUUCUUGCCUGGGGAUGUCAUCUUUGCAGAGCCAGCCUACGCAGCCGUGGUUUUUGACAGCCUGACACACGUCAUCUGCCACACCUGCUUCAAGCGGCAGGAGAGGCUGCACCGCUGCGGGCAGUGCAAGUUCGCCUUUUACUGCGACAGGACCUGCCAGAGAGCAGCCUGGCUCAACCACAAAAACGAGUGCUCUGCCAUCAAGAGGCAUGGCAAGGCACCCACCGAAAACAUCAGGCUGGCUGCUCGCAUCCUCUGGAAGAUCGAGAGGGAGGGCAGUGGGCUGUCCGAGGGCUGCCUGGUGUCCAUCGACGAGCUGCAGAACCACGUGGACAGCUUCGGCGAGGAGGAGAAGAAGGAGCUGCGCACUGAUGUGGAAAGUUUCCUGGAGUUCUGGCCACCCCACUGCCAGCAGUUCGGGAUGCAGUUCAUCUCUCACAUAUUUGGGGUGAUCAGCUGCAAUGGCUUUACCCUCAGUGACCAAAGAGGACUGCAGGCUGUUGGUGUGGGAAUCUUCCCCAACCUCUGCCAGGCCAACCACGACUGCUGGCCCAACUGCACUGUCGUCUUCAACAAUGGCAAUCAUGAGGCUGUAAGAUCAAUGUUCCACACACAGAUGAGGAUCGAGCUGCGGGCCCUGAACAAGAUUUCUCCGGGGGAUGAGCUGACUGUUUCCUACGUGGAUUUCCUCAGCCUGAGCGAGGAGCGGCGGAAGCAGCUGAAGAAGCAAUAUUACUUUGACUGCACCUGUGAGCACUGCAAGAAACAGCUCAAGGAUGACCUGAUGCUGGCAGUGAAGGCAGGGGAAAGCAAGCCCUCUGCAGACACGGUGAAGGAGGUGAUCCAGCUCUCCAAGGACACGCUGGAGAAGAUCAACAAGGCCCGCAUGGAGGGAAAUUACCAUGAGGUUGUGAAGCUGUGCCGUGACUGCCUGAAGAAACAGGAGCCUGUGCUGGGGGACACGAACAUCUACCUGCUGAGAAUCCUCAGCAUUGCCUCCGAGGUGCUCUCCUACCUCCAGAUGUUUGAGGAAGCAGCUGACUAUGCCAAGAGGAUGGUGGAUGGCUACCUAAAAAUUUACCAUCCCAACAACGCGCAGCUGGGGAUGGCCGUGAUGCGGGCAGGAGUGACUCACUGGCACGCUGGCCUCAUUGAAGCUGGCCAUGGCUUGAUUUGUAAAGCCUAUGCCAUUCUCCUGAUAACCCACGGACCUUCCCACCCAAUUACCAAAGACCUGGAGGUCAUGCGUGUGCAGACGGAGAUGGAGCUGCGCAUGUUCCAGCAGAAUGAGUUCAUGUAUUACAAGAUGAGGGAAGCUGCCCUCAAGAACCAGAAGAUCCAAGUCAUGCCUGAACCCAGCAAUGAGAAUGCACCAAGCCUCUUCCACAAAAAGGAAUAAGCCUGGAGCUUGACACCGAUUCAUGCCUGCAGGGUGACAUCACCUGUGGCACUUCCAAACACUGGGAAUGUGAUACAGCAGAGUGAUAUUUCCACAAGGGUUGUUUCCAGUGGCACAAGUCUGACAGCACGGACCUGCUGGGGGAGGAUCCUGAAAACGCUUCUGAGGGCUUAAAGCAGAAGAUGUCCUGGCAGAAACAAGAUCCCUUUUCUAUCACUAAGGCAUUAAAUAAUCAAAGCAAAAAACCCUGUUAUAAAAUUAUUUACAUUUUUAUUGGAAGCCUGUUUCUCUCUACACAUGUCCUGAUUCUGAAUUCCUUUGUUAAAUUUUGACUGAUUUUUCCUAGGGGAUUCUACCACUUCCUUGGGAUGACAUAAUUUCUUUCCAGUGGUGGCCAUGGGAUGAUAGAAGUGGGAAGCCAGUUCCAAAAAGUGUCAUGUACACCUGUGGGCAAUGAAUACAAACUGAAAAAGA